AUGACCACCAGUGAGAACAACAACGGCGAAAGCAGCAAGCGCGAACAGCAGCACGGUCGUGAUGCAGACCUGAAUGCUGCAGACGCUCGCGGCCCCCAGCAAGGAGACCAGAGAAGUGACGCGAAUGAGGGGACGCUCGUGGACCAAGGGGCUGCGCUGGUGGACAGGCACUUGCGAGUGGUGCGGCUGGCCAUCCACGGGUCACUGGCAGCGCUGCUAGCUGUUGCAGCUUGGAGACUGUGGCGCUCACCGUUCCUGAAUGCGCCACAGGAACUACAGCCUGGGCGAACAUACCGCGUCAAGGUCACAGAAGUCCAGACCGUGCCCUCAUCACGCAGUUCCACCACACUGCACACUGCGCCGCCAAGGCAACAACAACAACAACAACAACAACAACAACAACAACAACAACAACAACAACAACAACAACAACAACAACAACAACAACAACAACAACAACAACAACAACAACAACAACAACAACAACAACAACAAGGGAGUGUUGGCCCGCCUUUGCUUAAAGUUAUUGUGCAUCCACCACUGCCGUUUCGAGGUGAAAAGGGGGUCACGCACCACAAUGCCACGGUCUUCGCCUUAACAGAAUGGCACUCGAGCGGUUGGGACUGGUGCGUGGAGAACAUGCAAGCAAGGCGUCGCUGGCUCGAGUUUCAGGCGGUUGCUGUUGUGCAGGACUCGGAAGAAAGCGAAGGUACGACUAACCCGUCCAGUCAAAACACGACGGGCACGCUCCCCUUGUACGAAGGGGUGUUUGUGUGGCGACGCCCACCCUUGGUUGGGGUGCGGUCGGAUGUGGGAACGCUCUUGCUGCGCCAAGGCCACGCCAAACUGGACCACGACGCCUUCCUUCGAUACCCGCAGCAGACGACUGUGUUGGACACCUAUCGCCAUGCUGAGGAGCAGGCACGCCGUCGCCGCAGUGGCGUGUGGUCAUCGCAAGAUAUCCAGGAUGACAUGAACGGUGGCGUCCGUUUGCAAACCCGCCUCUUGCUUCUGAAUACGUGGCACGCCAUACGCGAUGCCAUCAUGCGGCGGCGUUGA